AUAAUCAGUUUUGCACAGUGCGGCUGUAAUUAUGUAUUUGUUUUUGUUGACAUUGUUUGGAGAACAGUGAACUCUUUUCCUUUUUCCCCUUCGAAUCUCGGCUUAAGUUGGACUUUCGGUAAAUGUUCAAAACAAAUAAAAAUAAUCGAACAUAGUUGUGGUUUCAGUCAGUGGUAGUUCAGUUCGUGAUAGCAGCUUCAUACUUUUCAUCACAUUCCAUCGAAACGUACACAGAAAUAAUUCUCAUAAUGUCGCUUUACAAAUUAAGGGUUGCUGGACUCGAAGACAUCUUGCAGCAGGAUAUGAUUGAUAUAACGAUGCUGAAGAAUUUCUGCUUUUAUGGCAUCCCAGACUGUAGUGGGCUACGCUCUUUGUGCUGGAAAUUGCUACUCGGAUACUUGGGACCAAAACGUGACACAUGGUCAGCCACUCUUGCAAAAAAGAGAGAAUUGUAUAAGCAAUUUAUUGACGAAAUGGUAAUUCCACCUGGAGAGCAGAACGGAUCCGGAUGCGUAGAUCAUCCGUUAAGCGAUGGACCGGAAAGUAAUUGGAACACGUUCUUCAAAGACAACGAAGUACUAUUACAAAUUGAUAAGGACGUAAGACGUUUGUGUCCCGAUAUUUCCUUUUUCCAACAAGCAACGGAAUUUCCUUGUGAGUCGGUAGUUAGUCACAACCGGGAACGAAAACUCCACGUACGGGUAGCACCAAGCACACUCAGUUCUGCGAAUGUCGAACGGAAAGGAUUGGGCGUUACCAAGAUAAAUUUGAUAACAAAGCGAGCAACUGAAAGCUAUGAAGCAAUGGAUGAAGGUCGUGAGGCCCACUGGGAGGUGGUGGAACGGAUAUUGUUUCUCUAUGCUAAGUUGAAUCCAGGUCAGAGCUACGUGCAGGGUAUGAACGAAAUUAUUGGUCCAAUUUACUACGUCCUUGCGUCCGAUCCGAACGUCGAAUAUCGUCAGUACGCGGAAGCUGACUGUUUCUUUUGCUUUACGGCACUGAUGGGAGAGAUUCGUGACUUUUUCAUCAAAACAUUAGACGAAUCCGAGGGAGGUAUCAAGCAAAUGAUGGCUAAGCUGUCGAAUAUGUUGAAAGACAAAGAUUUAGACGUGUGGUCCAGACUGAGGGAUCAGGAACUCUAUCCCCAAUAUUACAGUUUCCGAUGGCUAACACUAUUGCUCUCACAAGAGUUUCCACUGCCUGAUGUUUUACGGAUUUGGGACUCCGUGUUUGCCGACGAGAAGCGGUAUGAUUUCCUGAUAAAAGUGUGCUGUGCAAUGAUUAUUUUAUUGCGGGAUCAAAUCCUAGAGAACGACUUUGCCAACAACGUAAAAUUGUUGCAAAAUUUUCCACCGAUGGACAUUAAGGUCGUUCUUAAAAAAGCCACUAGCUUGGAGUAAAACAAGUCGAUUUACGAUAAACCUAUAUCCUGAAGCAAUUUCGCUAAACAGAAGAAAGUAAGAUUUUUUCUAUCGAAGCCUGCAUAAGAAUUAAGAAUUUAUAAUCACUUGAAACAAACGUCUGACGA